GCCCCGCCCCACCGCAUUCUCGUUUCCUUCCCUUUCCUUCACCUGCCACCCGCCCCCCUCUUCCACAUCCCCACCCCGCCUUCCCCCAAAAGAGAAACCAGAUCACCUGCUCGGGGCCUUGGGGCGCUUCUUGGGCCGAGCCCUAGGUAGCCCGGAACUCCGAUCUCGGCCACCACCACCCUCGCCUAUCCCAGAAGUUCAGCUGCUAGUCUAUCAGGAUGGCCGUGGAAACUGCCAGUGACGCUCAGGUGGCACAAGAUAACGAGAUUUCCCCCAGCAAUGAGGCAAUCCAAGGUGAUGAGUUGGCUCAUGGCGAAGAGCUGUUCCAAGGUGAUGAUCUUGUUCAAGGAAAUGAGUUGGUUGUUUCUGAGGUAACAACACCUCCUACUACUGGAAUCAGACGUAGGAGGAAGAAGAAGUCCUUGGUAUGGGAGCACUUCACUAUUGAAGCCGUCGCGGGCGGGGCCACAAGGGCCUGCUGCAAUCUCUGCAAGCAAACCUUUGCUUACAGCUCUGGCUCAAAGAUUGCUGGGACUAGUCAUCUCAAGAGGCACAUCACCUUGGGCUCUUGUCCCAAGAUAAAGGACCAAGAUCAGAGGCUGGCACUGCCUUCAACUGGUGGGACUGACAACUAUGGCGAGGCAACUUCGGAGCGGCCAACCAAGAGACGCUACAGAUAUACCGGUUAUGCAAAUGCUGUUUUUGAUCAGGACCGCAGUUGCUCAUACUUGGCAAGGAUGAUCAUUCAGCAUGACUACCCACUUCACAUUGUCCAACAGCAGGCAUUUUCCGUCUUUAUCGAAAGUCUGCAGCCACGUUUCAAGAUUGUGGAUGUUGAUACGAUGGAAGGAGAGGUGUAUGCUGUUUAUCAGAAAGAAAAGGAGAACCUGCUUCGAUCAUUCAACACUAUGCCUGGAAGGAUCAGUCUCACUAUAGGACUGUGGACAACUAGUCAGACUCUCGGGUACGUUUCACUUGCAGGGCAGUUUAUCGACUCUGAGUGGAAAGUACGCCGAAGAAUGCUUAACUUCAUGAUGGUGUCAUCUCCUCACUCAGAGAAUGCACUUAGUGAGGCAAUUAGCCUGAGCCUCUCUGACUGGAGUAUGAAGGACAAGCUAUUCACCAUCACAUUGGAUAAUGAAUGCUCCUCACACGAUAUCUACAGUGCAAAUUUGAGGGAUCAUCUCUCCAACAAGAACAGUCUCAUGCUUAAGGGACAGCUCUUUGUUGUGAGGUGCUAUGCCCAUAUCCUUAAUGCUGUUGCACAAGAUGUCAUUGCUUCGGUUCAUGGUGUUGUAUACAAUAUCCGUGAAAGCAUAAAGUUCAUAAAAGCUUCUUCUGCCCGUGAAGAGAAGUUUGCCGAGAUUGCUCUGCAGCUGGAGAUUCCCAGUACCAGGACCCUCUGUCUGGAUGUUACAACCCAGUGGAACACCACUUAUCUGAUGUUGCUAGCUGCCUUGGAUUAUAAGCAGGCUUUCACUGCACUAGAAACAUGUGAUGAUAGCUACAAUGAAGCUCCAUCAUCAGAGGACUGGAGGAAAGUUGAGGCCGCCUGUAAUUACCUGAAACUGCUCUACGACUCCGCACAUAGCAUCAUGGCAGCAGCAAACCCAACUGCAAACAUCUUUUUCCACGAAGCAUGGAAACUUCAGCUAGAGCUAGCAAAUGGCACAGGACAUGAAGACCCCACUUUCAGAAGCAUCGCCAAGGAUAUGCAUGAGAGGUUUGACAAGUACUGGAAAGAUUGCAGCCUCGUGUUGGCCGUUGCCGUUGUCAUGGAUCCACGUUUCAAGAUGAAGCUUGUUGAGUUCAGUUACACAAAAAUUUAUGGGGCUGAAGCAGCAAAGCAUGUUAAGGUGGUUAAUGAUGCUGUACAUGAGCUGUACGAGGAGUAUGUGGCUCAUCCACUCCCACUGACCCCAGCCUAUGUGGAGCAAGGUGAAGGGGGGAAUAAUGGAGCAGCAAAUGCGAAUAGCAGUCAAGGGCCUCCUGCUUCCGCUGGCGAUGGGCUUCUAGACUUCGAUAUGUACCUUUCUGAGAUCCAGAGUAGCCAGCCCUCGAAACCUGAGCUGGAACAGUACCUGGAUGAGUCCCUCACCCCACGUACCCAGGAGUUUGAUAUCCUGAACUGGUGGAAGCUAAACAGAGUGAAGUUUCCAACCCUCUCUAGAAUGGCCUGUGAUAUCUUGGCCAUUCCGAUGUCCAUGGUAAGCAGUGGCAGCUCCAUAUUCACUGCUGGAACAGGAAGCCGCAUGCUCGAUGACUACAGAAGCUCUCUCCGACCUGAGACGGUGGAAGCACUUGUCUGUGCAAAAGACUGGCUGCAGUACUCUACGAAGGCUGAAGGAUCGUAGGUUUAUCGUCGUCGCUGGUCACUGCUCCUGCCUUGUGGAAGCAAGAAUCUGUGUAUCCAUCUGUUGUACCUAUAAGUGUAGUUUAACUGUAGGCUGAGAUUGUGAUCUGUUCUGGUGUUUGUCUCGUAAAGGUGUGUAGACUCUGAUGUACUCGUUGUUGUCAUGUAAUAGCUUAUGUAUCAUGUUCUAGUAUCGUCUGAUGUUGGAGUUUGCAUGCUUGGGCUAUGUGCAUGUACUGGCCGUGGGAUGCAUCAGCUGCUUGCUGUAAUGCUGUUUGAACUCCGGUUUUGUAUUUAAUUUGUUUUGUACCGUGGAUUGGUGUC